UUACGGAGAUGACUGCGCGCGUCUUUUAUUGAACUGAACGGUAGACUUGGAGCUGCAGAUACGGCUUUGGUGGAGACAUGUGGAAUUUCAAAUGAGAGCAGACUACGUCACUGAGAGGCAACCCUUGCAUGAAGCAAUCCAGGUUACUGCCAUACAAAACUGAAGAAUUGCGUUGCAAGAAGCUCGACUUCAAAGUAAUACCAACACACAUAAGAUCUCGUAAUUUCAUAUACCUCAGUACAAUCUUGAAAACGACAGUUUUGGGGAAAUUAUUUAUCCCCUGGUGUUGAGAGGUGUUUUUGAAAAUACAAGUGUACAGAGGCGACGUUUUGGUAGUGUCAUUUUAAUCAUCCUGGAGAAAACGUUAAAAUACAAUGGUUGUCCUCAAGUUCACAUGCCGGAGCUGAAGUUUUACUGCAUUGCAUUGCUCGCGGUCUCGUCUUCGCUCUGAAGCAGAGUGUAAUUCUCCUGUUCACCUUAAGGACGUGUUCCUGCCCGAGCCCCUCAGUUCCCAAAGAGCUGCGAGGAAUGCGGAGCGCAGCGCGAGCUCUAUUGCUCCGUCCAGCAGUCCUACCGCAGAAUUACAUAUUUCACACGUCUGGCGGAUUCAAUUAACAUUCUGGCUGUCGAGUCCUCGCUACUGUUGGGAAACUCGAUGAUGCAGGGCCAAGGAAUGAUCGCGGAAAUCCCAAGACAAUGAAGACGGUUGGAUUUAUGUGAUUCUGUGUUUUUGGGGGGCUAAGUUAGGGGCUUUUCCGGUGGAAAUUAUUAUCCAUAUUUACAACAGGGCUGUUUAAGGGAAGACCCCCGUUACAAUGUCUUCUCAGACUACAAUCGUGGAGCAAUGUGGAAGAGAGAUGCUGGGAUGAACAGGGUCGCCAUGGGGAUUUUGCGGCUGGUGCUGCUGGCUCUCCCGGCCUUGCUGUGGCAGGCAAGCGUGUCUCUGGGCGCGGCGGAGAAGGUCCCCAUACUGAACAUUGCGGUCAUCCUGGGACGGACCCGUUACAUUUCGGACCGCGAGAUCCGGGCCCUGUGGACCAAGGACGACCCCAUCGACGUCAACCUGGUGACGCUAAUGGCGAACGAGACCGACCCCAAGAGCAUCAUCACCCACGUGUGCGACAUAAUGUCCGGCACAAAGAUACACGGCCUGGUCUUCGGGGACGGGACUGACCAGGAGGCCAUCGCGCAGAUUUUGGAUUUUAUUUCCUCCCAGACUCUCAUACCCAUCCUGGGGAUCCACGGGGGCUCGUCCAUGAUCAUGGAGGACAAGGAUGUGAAGUCCACAUUCUUCCAGUUCGGGGCCUCCAUCCAGCAGGAGGCGCUGGCCAUGCUGAACAUCAUGGAGGAGUACGACUGGCACAUCUUCUCCAUCGUGACCACCAAGUUCCCGGGCUACCAGGACUUCAUCACCAUCCUGAAGACCACGGUGGACAACAGCUUCGUGGGCUGGGACCUGCAGAACACCGUCACGCUGGACGCGGUGGACGGGGACAUGCGCAUGCCCAUCCAGCUGAAGAAGAUCCAGUCCCCCGUCAUCCUGCUGUACUGCUCCAAGGACGAGGCGGGCUACAUCCUGGAGGAGGCGCGCACGCUGGGCCUGACGGGCUUCGGCUACAUCUGGAUGGUGCCCAGCAUGACCUCGGGCAACACGGAGGUGCUGCCCGACGAGUUCCCCGCGGGCAUGAUCUCCGUCUCCUACGACGAGUGGGACUACCCGCUGGAGGCGCGCGUGCGCGACGGGCUGGGCAUCAUCACCAGCGCCGCCGCCGCCAUGCUGGAGGAGUUCGGGGACAUCCCCGAGGCCAAGACCAGCUGCUACGGGCCGAUGGAGAAGGCCAAGCUACCUCCCAGCGCGCUACACAAGUACAUGAUGAAUGUGACCUGGGAAGGCAGGGACCUGUCUUUCACGGAGGACGGGUACCAGGCCAACCCCAAACUGGUGGUCAUCGUGCUCAACAAGGAACGCGAGUGGGAGAAGUUGGGUCGGUGGGAGAACAGGACCCUGACCCUCAAGUACCCCGUCUGGCCGAGCUUCAACUCCCUCGGGGACGGCGAGAUCGACGACAACCACCUGAGCAUCGUCACCCUGGAGGAGGCGCCCUUCGUCAUCGUGGAGAACGUGGAGCGCCUGACGGGCACCUGCAUGAGGAACUCGGUGCCCUGCCGCAAGCACAUCAAAGACAACACCACCGAGGGAGGGGGGACGUACAUCAAGAAGUGCUGCAAGGGCUUCUGCAUCGACAUCCUGAAGAAGAUCGCUCAGAACGUCAAGUUCACCUACGACCUCUACCUCGUCACCAACGGCAAGCACGGCAAGAAGAUCAACAACGUGUGGAACGGCAUGGUGGGAGAGGUGGUGUACAAGAAAGCCGUCAUGGCGGUGGGCUCCCUGACCAUCAACGAGGAGAGGUCAGAGGUCAUUGAUUUCUCUGUCCCCUUCGUGGAAACGGGGAUCAGCGUGAUGGUUUCCCGGAGCAACGGGACAGUAUCGCCGUCAGCCUUUUUGGAGCCCUUCAGCGCUUCAGUGUGGGUGAUGAUGUUUGUGAUGCUGCUGCUGGUAACAGCCAUGGCAGUGUUCAUAUUUGAGUACAUCAGCCCCCUGGGAUUCAACAGGAACCUGGCACAGGGCAGAGACCCUCAUGGGCCCUCCUUCACCAUGGGCAAGGCCGUGUGGCUCCUGUGGGGCCUGGUCUUCAACAACUCCGUGCCCGUGCAGAACCCCAAGGGCACCACCAGCAAGUUCAUCGUGUCCGUCUGGGCCUUCUUCGCUGUCAUCUUCCUCGCCAGCUACACUGCCAACCUGGCCGCCUUCAUGAUCCAGGAGGAGUUCGUGGACCAGGUCACGGGCCUGAGUGACAAAAAGUUCCAGAGUCCUCACUCCUACUCGCCCCCGUUCCGGUUCGGGACAGUCCCAAACGGAAGCACAGAGAGGAACAUCAGGAAGAACUACCCGGACAUGCACCAGUACAUGGUCAAAUACCACCAGACAGGUGUCCAGGACGCGCUGGUCAGCCUCAAGACCGGGAAGCUGGACGCCUUCAUCUACGACGCGGCCGUGCUCAACUACAUGGCGGGCAGGGACGAGGGCUGCAAGCUGGUCACCAUCGGCAGCGGCUACAUCUUCGCCACCACGGGGUACGGCAUCGCCCUGCAGAAAGGCUCGUACUGGAAGCGGCAGGUGGACCUCGCCAUCCUCGCCAUCAUCGGAGACGGCGAGAUGGAGGAGCUGGAGGCUCAGUGGCUGACGGGCAUCUGCCACAACGAGAAGAACGAGGUGAUGAGCAGCCAGCUGGACGUGGACAACAUGGCGGGCGUCUUCUACAUGCUGGCCACGGCCAUGGGCCUCAGCCUCAUCACCUUCAUCUGGGAGCACCUGUUCUACUGGAGGCUGCGCUACUGCUUCACCGGAGUGUGCACUGGCAAGCCUGGCCUGCUCUUCUCCAUCAGCAGGGGCAUAUGGAGUUGCAUUCAUGGCGUCCACAUCGAAAUGAAGAAAAAGUCUUCGGACCUGGACUUCAGUCCCCAGGCCAACAUGCUGAAGCUGAUGAAGUCAGCCAAGCACAUGACCAACAUGACAGGCCUCACGGCCUCGCGGCUGGGCUCCCCGAAGCGUCCCGGCGACUUCAUGCACCCGGCCGGGCCCAUGCUGAUGGACAUGAUGGGCGAGAAGGGCAACUACAUCUACACCGACAACCGCAGCUACGCCCCCAAGGAGGUGAUCUACGGCGACACGGGCGACCUGCAGGCCUACCUGGCCAACCGUCACAAGGACCACCUCAACAACUACAUCUUCCAGGGCCAGCACCCGCUGACUCUCAACGACGCCAACCCCAACACGGUGGAGGUGGCGGUCAGCGCCGACGCCACCCAGACCAACGCCAAGCCCCGCGGCGCCUGGAAGAAGUCGGGCCCUGUCCAGGACUCCCUGGCCUGUCCUGACGCCCGUCUCUCCAUGAAGAGCCAGCGGUACCUCCCGGAGGACGCCGCCCACUCUGACGUGUCCGACUGCUCCAGCAGAGCCGCCUCCUACAAAGACGCCGACGGCCAGAAGCACCUGAAGUCCAAGGACAACUUAAAAAAAAGAUCGGUGAUAUCGAAAUACCCUAGGGACUGCAGCGAGGUGGAACUGUCCUACUUAAAGAGCAAGCAGCAACAAGGAGGAGGAGGAGGAGGGGGGCUGGGCCGUGAAAAGAUAUACACCAUAGACUCCGACCGGGAGCUGAGCCUGCACUCUGACCCGCUGCAUUACCGCGAGAGCCGGGCACUGGCUGACGACCUGGACUUCCCCGAGAUCUACUCCGACCACAACGACAACUACCGCAAGGCGGACCAACCCAUCAUCCACCUCAACAGCAGCCCCCUGCACCACGGCGACUCCGACCUCCUGCCGGACGCCAUCUACGCCAAGCACUACCCCAAGGAGAAGAGUCUGAGCCUCAGCCCGCACGAGACAGGCAACGACCGCUGCAAGCAGACGCACUGCCGCAGCUGCCUGUCCGCGGUCAUGCCCAGCUACGUGAGCCACUACGCCGCCCGGUCCCCCUACAACCGAUGCGAGGCCUGUCUGCGCACCGCCAACCUCUACGACAUCAGCGAGGACCAGAUGCUCCAUGAGGCCAUCAACCCCGCCUCCUCUUCCUCGGCGGCGGCGGCGGCGGCAGCAGCGGCGAACCAGGACGGGAUGUUCGGCCAGUACUGGCCCCAGACUGACGGGCCCCACGUGCAGAAGAGGAACCGGCUGAGGCUCAGCCGGCAGCACUCCUUCGACAACAUCGUGCUGGAGAAGCCCAAGGAGGUGGACCUGGGCAGGCCGGCGCGCAGCGUGAGCCUGAAGGAGAAGGACCGCUGCCUGAACGACAGCCCCUACACCAACAUGUUCAACUUCAGACCGGACAGGCUCCUGGGAGGCCGGCCCGCGCUCUUCAACCACAACCUGGAGGAGAGCAAGCGCAGCAAGUCCCUCUACCCCGACCACGCCUCGGACAACCCCUUCCUGCGCUGCUCCUCCCGGGACGACCAGCGGCUGGUCCACGGCCGGAGCUCCUCUGACAUUUACCGGCAGCUGGCGCCCCUCAAAUCGAGGAACGAGAACAAUCUGCGGUCCUCCGUCAGGUCCGCCGCCUCAUACUGCUCCCGGGAUGGUCGGAUACACAACGACGUGUACAUCUCGGAGCAUCUCAUGCCUUACGUAGCCAACAAGACUAGUGUGUACUCAGCUCCCCGAGUCCUCAAUUCCUGUAGCAAUAGAGGAGUGUAUAAGAAAAUACCCAGCCUCGAGUCGGAUGUUUAACGCUCCCGUUUCGUGUAGCUUCAAUCUUAAUCCAUUUUAGGAUGCCACAGCCACCUAAAACCUGAAUCAAAAAAAGUACCCACGUACUCUCUAGACAGUUUGUGUUUGUUCUUUUGUUUUAUUUGUUUGUUUGUUUGUUUAUAUUUUGUUCAGCAUCAGUGAGUUGCCCGAACAGUGCUUGCCAAAGGUUUUCAGUGUUUCAGUUUUUUCUCAGUGCAGUAAAAUAUCUCAUGGACUCCAGGAAUCAGCUCUCAAGAAGAGAGAGCAGCUAGCGCUAGCUGGCGUAAAGUACCUCUCGCAGGGAGAGGGGAGGUGACCCGUUUGAGCGGAAUGUGGUGUGAGACAAACGCAAAUCAAUGGCACAGGUUCUCUUCAACCUGGCUUGCAGCCCCAAACCUUCCUACAGAUGCCAUCUCCCAGUUUAAGCAAAUGGGUCUUACUUAAUGCUCUUCCAAAACCUUGGAAGUAAAUGCAGAAGCUGCUUUCGGCUGUACAGACAUCCCCCGCCCAAUACAAUAACCAAGAAAAAAGAGGUCGAGAACUGUCUUCAUUCAGAUGAUCUGACUACUUCAGGAAUUGCUAUGAAUUCCAUGUAAACAGAUACAAAACCUGAGGCAAGCCAAGGGUAUUUUCAAUUGUUGUAGUGCACUUAUAAUACACUUUGCUUUUUUAUGUUGUAGUACUCUGCAGUAGACAUGGGGGUUUUCGGCAUUCUAAUCACUAUCUAGUAUGGUUUAGACUUAGAUUUUUUGCUACUAGCACACUUUAACAAUUAGUUAGCUUCCCUCUGCCUCUGUGAAUUCUAAACAUUAAUUUCAAAUUACAGACAGGAAUAUAUAUUUUUUGCAUGUUAUUUUGGUACUGGAAAGUAAUCACCACAUUUACAUUAAAUGGAAUUAGUCUUGCUGAUUUUAGGUGGGCACCUGUGCAAUUAAGACUUGACCUAUGCUUAGUAAAGCUCUAAAAGUCCAGCUUCGGCUUGCAGAAGGACAACCAGCGAAACGUUUGCCUGGGAUAUUUUGUGAAUUCUCCAUUCUCUCUCUCUCUAUCUCUUAAACAGGGUAAUAAAGAUUUUAACAUUGUACAAAGAAUUACAAUUUUAUUAGAGAAACUUUACCUCACGGUUAUUGUGUUCGGUACUUAGAUUAUCGGAGCUGUACACUGUGACACUGAACGAAAAAAAAAACACAUUCUGAUCCUUCUGAAGACUGUUGUGUUAUUUGUCGCAAAAUGCAACCGUUGGAUCUUGCCCGUGUUGUCAUCGAGUUGUGUGUCAAAAAUGUCGAGUGUGUCAUGCGAAACACUGGGUAAGAUUCAACUCUGAAAGAGGACAUCGGUACGCAUCAGUUGUCUAUAAGACAUUCUCAGCAUCAUUAAUGAAAAUGACACAAUUUGGGCUUUAUUUGGAAUAUAUAAAUUGCAUAAAUAGAGCAUGUUUAUUUCAUGGAAACACGUUAUUGCAGAUUCACCCAUGUAAAAAUGUCCUACUAACUUGAAAAUGAUCUCUAAAGGGAACAGAGAUGUGUUGAUUAGCUGGAAGGUAAUAUCUCAGGAGACGUAUUGCAUUGUGGAACUUGUGUAUUGAUUUAGUGUUGCACAAUAAAAACGCACCUUGGCAUAGUGUUUGGCUGCAAAGUGCGGCCUUUUACUCCUCGCUCAUCUGCUCAUCCAAAGUCUUCCAGUACUCUCCUCUCUUUCUGUGAACCGUGAAAAAAACCCCACUGCCCAAACAAAGAUGGCGAAGCGGUAGCUAGGAAUGCAGAACCCGAACAGGUUACUUCACAGCAGCGCGCACCUUACAAAUCCAGCAUCGGCAAGACAUGCAAUAUACGCAGUGCGAGUUUUACUGUGAAUCCAAAUUCACCCAUUGUUUAAUUUGAAAAAAAAGAAGAAGAAGAAAACAAUGUUUCCAGGCAGCAAUGUUUUUCUUUUCCUUCAUAUCUGUUCAUUUUCUCUCAGUGCUGUCUUGGCCCCGAUAUUCCUUUCAGCUUACCCACUGUUCUGAAGGAAAUUCUGCAAUGCCUCAGUUGGCACUAGGAGUACUUGCAGACUAUACUAGACUUUCCACAGGUCAUGUUAACCUUCAAUGCUGCUCAAGGACGUUGAUGUUUUAAAAAUAUGCACAUAUAAAAUAUCAAGGAUCCGAUAUCCAAGUGUGGAAUCGGUUUUCAUUCCUUCCUCAAUCUGUCAUACAUUGAUUAUUUUUCACCCCUUGUAACAGCCCUGUUCCUUAUGGGAAAUCUUUUUUAAUUGCAUAUGAAAUAUAUAUAUAUAUAUAAAAGGCAUGCAACUCUGAUGUUAAUACAUUCAUUUUUUUUCAUUUUUUAUUUUGAUUUAUUGAGCACUAAUGAUUUGUGAUAGAGUGCAUGCACUGUACGCUAUGCACUAAAAGAAAAACUGUUCUUUUGGUGCAGUGCAAGAGUUGGCCCUCAACCCAAUCUAUUUUUAGAUACAUCUUACUCCCUGCUCUGUCUUUACCCCGAGUGAGGUAAAGCCUAGUCAUGUAAGGUAGAUCCUCCUCACGAACUAUGCUUUUGAUUUCCACUGACCUCUAUUCAGAUCUUAUUUUUAUAGGGAAAAAAUGUUUGAUCAAUCUGCUAUUCCUCCAAAGAUAUGAUCUGUUCCUUUGUUACUCAUUGUUUGGUGUAGGAAUUUUUUUUUCUUCCUAAUCUGUCAAACACUUGAGGAACUAUUUUGAAUAUUAGACACCUGUAAAUCACUUGUAAAUUACUAUAGGUAUACAUCAUCCUCAUCCUGAAAAUGAUAAAUCUAAAGCGUGAACAAUAUUUUUUGUGUGAAUUUCACAGGAGUCUAUAUAGCUAGCAGCAGUUUUUUUCUGAUAGAGGAAGACACUGUUCACAAGGUCUGUAUUUAAACGUCACCUUAAGAGAUUUGAGGUCUCCACUUGGAUGGAAAACAGGGAUCUCAGCCAUGGAGUAUUUGUAAGCUUGAAU